GCUCCAGCCGCGGCGGGCGCGAUGGAGGCCGUGCCGGAGCCCAGCGCUGUCGCCGGGGGAGGCCGAGGCAGCCGACGGUGCUAGUAGAUGAAGCGGCGGUGGCGGCCCGGGCUCUCCAUGAGCAAGCGGCGGCGGCGACGGGUGCGGUGGCACCGGCGGUUUUCGGUCCCUGGGGAGAAUGAAGACACUGUUCGAAGAGAUCAAAGCAUCAAUUAAAAAUAACUAUAACCAAGAUCGAUCAUUUUGGAGGCCCGUUCUUCCUUGGGGAGGUGUUUUUACUAUCAAAGCUGGCCGUAAAGCAGUAUCCUGUACACCACUCUAUGUUGAAAUAAGACUGAAAAAUACCUGCACCAUAGAUGGAUUCUUGAUGUUGUUGUAUGUCAUCCUUAAUGAAAAUGAGAAUUUCCCCAGGGAACUCUCUCUUCAUUUUGGUAAAGAAUUUGUAGACUGUUUUCUUUAUUUAAUGGACACCUACAGUUUUACAACUGUGAAGCUACUUUGGAUUUGGGACAAAAUGGAAAAGCAGCAAUACAAAUCUGAAGUUCAUAAAGCUUCAUUAGUAAUUGAUCUGUUUGGGAAUGAGCAUGAUAAUUUUACAAAAAAUCUUGAAAAUCUUAUGUCUACCAUUCAAGAAAGUUACUGCUCCAACAGGCGAUGCCCGACUCGAGUGCAGGGAGAUCAGCAGCGCACAAUUAAUAUAAAUCCUCCCCAAGAAAUUCCUCAUGGAAAUUUGAUACGACUGGCUGUGGAUGAGUUAUUCUGUUCCAAGAUUGAAUUAUGUGAAGAACAUGGGUGUGGUGGCUUAAGAGAAUUUUCCCAACGAGUUUUCUGCCAUGGAGCACCUCCUUUUGUUGUCUUAAAUAUGCAGCAUUGGAAAUCUGAAGAUCUGGCAUAUGUACCCUAUUACUUGGAUUUAUCUGAUCACAAAUACUUGUUGGAAGGUGCCACAUUAUUUAACAAAGAGGAACAUCAUUAUUCUGCAGCUUUCCAGAUUGAUGGACAUUGGAUGCACUAUGAUGGGCUCAGAAAUGUGAAUUUAAUUUUGUUAAAUAAACCCCCAGAGUUUCUCCUCUUGUCAUCGUUGGUUUAUAUUCGAGCAACAGAGAAAUAAAUACAGACUGAUGCUAAAUUAAGUUGUUUUCCCGCCUGCCCAUGCCCCCCCCCAAGACAAAGGGCUUUUAUUUUGUGUAUACUUGGUAUCCAAGGCAACAGUUCAACUAUACUAGUUUCAGAAGUGUAGUUCCCAGUGUUUUGCUCCAGGUAAAGUUUUUAUAUAGAAGAUCUAUGCAAAAAUUUGUAUUUCUUUUUUAUAUUUCGUGGGUUAUUUUUAUAUAAGCACAUUUUAUGUUGAAAUAAAACCUAUCUGUAGUCUUUGUAUUUUUUAUUUAUAUGUACUGCAAAAGUUUUUACAAUUCUAUCCUUAAAUCUAAAGAAAUCUAAGAAAAUACUUUAUCACUUGAAUUCUAAAUUUUUCUUUUUGGAUAUCCAAGUAAAAUCUGGUAAAAAGUCAGUAUUUUAAUUUGUAUAAAUUUCAGAGUUCAGGAUAUAUCUGAGUGUAUCUCUUUGCCCUACCUCAACUAUAAUCCGAAGUGCACUAUUGGGAUUUAACGUGGAUUUGAAUGUAUAAUUUAUGGGUGACUUAGUUAAUUUUACACAUUGCUUUGCCUAAUUUCCUUGCAGCAGUUUUUAAAAAUAGUUACGUGAGAAUUGUUUUCUGGGCUUAAAUGGUUUCUUUAUAAUGGUAAAUUACUGUAACUGCUUGGUAAAAUAUUGUAAACCUGCCAGUGGAUUUCCAAGUGUUAAGUAAGCUUCCAGUUUUAAUGUUAUUGUUUGUUUGUUUUUUAAAGAGAAGAACAAACAAACAACAAAAGUAAAAUGACAAUAAAAAACAAUAGCAAUAUAGGAUAUCAAAACAAGAUGAUAGGAAUUUAGCAAUGGUUGUUAUAUUGCAUAUUGUUAUUUAAAGUUAUUGUCCAAGAGAUUUAGCUCAGUGGCUCAAGCGCUUGCCUGGUUAAGUGUGAGGUCGUGCGUUUGAUCCCUGGUACCAAAAAAUAAAAAAAGUUAUUGUCCAAAGAAAUUAUAUAACUACCCUAAAUAUUAGCCUCAUAGUUAAAUGUUAUGGAAAUUCUCCAAUAAAAAGCCAUUUUACAGAAAAAGCAUCUAUAAAAUGUAAUAUGCGACUGGAUGCUUCUUAGUAUUGGGCUAACAAAAAUGUCUUUAUUUGAGCAAGUAUCCUACUACUGAACUACAUCUCCAGCCCAAUGUCUCUUUACCUAGUUAAGUUUUAUAUUGCCACAGAGGAAAAAUCACACUUUUAGAGGAAUAAUUGCUGGCUCUCUUGUAGUAGUAAUUGUUAUCAUGAAGCUUUGAUUUGCAAUAUAAAUCACUAAUUGUAUAGAUUUCAAAGUAUUUUUAUAAUGACUUCAAGAUUGCUAGUGCUUUUAAAGGAAAACCAUCAAGAUUCUCAUGGGAAAAUAUUUUUUGGAGCUUAUCCCCAUUCAUUUUAGUGUUUACAUUUCAACACAAUCUCCAUUAGCUUUGGAGUUGAGAUUAGGUGCAAUAUAUUUGAAGAUGUCUUCAGGACUCCUCAGUUCACUGCCGUAUACCAAAUUGCUAAAGUUUCAUUCAGUAAAUUGCUACAUUGCCUUGGUGCUGCAUUGAGAUAACUUUCUAUAAGAAUAGAUAAUGUGGGUGAAGCAUUGCUAAGAAUUCCUCACUCUGAGUGAAUGCUAUGAGAAGUACUUUUAUACCUAAGAUAAAUGUCUUAUUUUACCAAAAAAUCCCAGCAUUUAUUUAAAUGGUCUCCCAAGGAUUUGGCUUACAGUAAACUUAAUGUGUAACAUAUUACAGUAUUGCAUGAAUCAAAGUAUUUAAGAACACAAAGACUCGAAUAUAUGUAAGUGGUAUAAUUAACAAAUUAUUAAUAUCAAUAAGCUAUUCCUAAUGCAGAUUUAUUCUUUUAAGAAUUGCACUUUAUUUGGAAUAUUAGUUUAUCAUAAAACAAUGACUUACCUACCUCACAGGGUUGUUGUGAGGAUUAAGAUGUUUGUUAAAAUCUUGAUUACCUUGAAUGUGCUAAUAAACAUUUUUUCUACCUCUUUUA